AUGGAAGAGAUCCAGGAAGGGCAGCGUAUAUAUUUUUUGGUGUUUGAUAAAUACGAGUCUGAUCCAGAGCUGGACAAGAUCCUGAGGGAAAACCAUUGGAUGGAUAUAAUGACCAUAUACAAAGACACACUGCUGAAUUACGAGGAGAAGCUAAAAAUCUUUUUUGAGGAGCACUUGCACCUGGAUGAUGAAUUUCGCUACAUCCUUGAAGGCAGCGAUUACUUUGAUGUCAGAGACAAGGACAGCGCUGUGCGCACCAGAUCACGGCUGCCCGUAGCUCUCACUCGUAUCGACUCCUCGUACCGCAUCUCAUCUCAACGUGCUGUUCCCCUGCUCGUGAGCGUAUCAAGCUCUGCCCCCAUCACCAUGGGAACCGGACGCUCAACCUUUAGGUACGGUAUUUUGGGAGAUUGA